GCAUCGUUAUGGUAUUGGUUCUGCUAGUGCGUCGGUCGUAUUACAUCGCAUGCGAAGGCUGCAUCAACUGCUAGAAGGACCAGUCUGGACGCAGCAGUCGUUGCAAAACCACGUGUUUUUCGGUAGUGAUUGGAGAUAUUGUUUUUGUUUUUUAAUUCCUUGGUUUUAUAUAAUAAUACAAAAGAUGAGUGGUGAGAAACACUUCUCCCGUGAUGAGGAAAUGGUACUAAUUGAAUUGGUGUCAUUUCACAAAUGUUUGUACGACAGUUCGGAUAAAAAGUUUAAAGACAAUAUUACCAAAGAUAAUGUGUGGAAAGAAAUAGCAUCUCACAUUGAGGGUAAAACAGAUGAUGAAUGCAUAAAGAGAUGGAAAUCUAUUCGCGAUACAUACAAGAGACUAAAAAGAAGUGGCAAAUUAGGAACAGGAUCAUCAGCAGCAGUGAAGCGCAAAAAGUGGCCUCUGUUCGAUUACCCUUCCUUUCUCGAAACGGUUCCAGAGGAAAGAAGUACGAUAUCCAACAUAGAGGAAGAGUCACAGGAAAGCAAUGACGAGGCGGUUUCUGAUGCAGACUAUAAUUUGGUAGAAGAGACGCAAAGUACAAUAAUUGACUUAGAGCAGUCUUCUAUUGCCACGCCGUCAACGUCCAGUGUGGCAAGUACCUGCACCCCUGUCAGAGCCCAUAAGAGAAAAAUGACUGACAACAUUUCAAAAUUACUUGAAGAGAACAAAAAGGCCAGAGAGAAAAUCGUCGAAAAAUUUCUGUAUAAAACCAAUGUUCCUGAAGAAGACGAUGUAAAAGUGUUCUACAGAAGUAUCGAUUUAAGUGUAAAACGACUUCCCCCGCAUUUAAUUGCAAAAGCAAAACUUCGACAAUUAGAAACUGUAAAUGAGUUACAAUUACUAGCAUCUCAACCAAAGGAUUUACCUCAACAGCAAAACAAGUCUUCAUUAAAUAGCUGUGAAGAGUCGCAAUGUAUAAUAAUAAUCAGGAUCAAUACGACCAAUUACGAUAUCUUAAUUUAGAUUAAAGUUAAAGCGUAUCUGUUAUUUAUCAUAAAAAUAAAUAUUUUUUUCAUUUACCUUAACGUUACACCUAAUUUUUCUUCAGCUGUUAUCGGUCGUUGAAUUAUGUUGGUGGGCGCUUUCUUAAUGUCUGUUUAAAUGGCAGAUAAAACGAAGUGAAACUGGGUUUUUGUUAGUCUAAAGAACUGCUAAAAUUUUUCUUCAUCGCCCACUAGGUAUUUACAUAUUAAAUUUUUAUAAGUUCCUUCCUUAUUUCUUCGUCGAAACAUCAUAUGUUGUGGUUUUCUCUGAAAAUUUCUGUUAAUUAUGCGCACAACGGUUUUGUCUUCUUCUUCGUCUAAUAAGUAAAGAGCUAAUAAUGCACCUGAAUGCACCACGAUGCAUCGUUUCACAAUGAAUGCUCAAAACAAACUGACUAGAUAGCGACUUUUUAAAAACACUUGCAUUUCCACUGUACAAGGUGAACCUCUUCAACUGCCAGCAGUAAACGCAACGGCGGCUGCAAGCAGUGGCUGCAUGCGUCUACU